AUGGGAGACGGCUUGGUAGAGUUUUUCACUGAGAUGAAUAUUAACUGGUGGGCUGUGAAUAAGGAAACAAAAACCCUAUUCCCAGAUGACCCAAUUUACCGCUUCUAUUUUGGUCUUCCCGCAGCCGAAGCGCUGAAACGGGCUGCUGCGCUGGUGCCGCAUGCGCUGCGCAGUAUGGGUGUACCAGCGGCAAGCGCUGCGUGGCUCGAGGUCCCCUCGACUUAUCUGAUCUGUACGGAGGACAAUGCACUUACGUUGGAGUUCCAGCGGGAAAUAAUGAAGCGUGCGCAAGCGGAGGGCGCGAAUAUGAGAACGGUGGAGAUGAAGACGGGGCAUAGUCCUUGGUUGGUUGAUGUGGGAGUAUUUGUUGGGCAUUUGUUGGAUGCAGUUAACACGGGCAUUUGA